AUGUCGUCGAAUUCAGGUCCAAACCACGAAUUCCUGCCCCUUCACAAUAUCUGCGAGUUUCUAAAUGCUCUGCACAUCUACACAGAUGAAGCUCGACAAGGCAAGACACGAGCUGUCGAGGCACAUCAUUUCUGCUCGCAUGUGGGAAAAGAUCUACGUCAGUGCCUAAUCUACGACUCCGGCGGCAAAGACGCACGCCUCAUCGGCGUUGAAUACAUGGUCCCCAAGCACGUCUACGAGACACUUGAUGUCGACGAGCAGAAGUUAUGGCAUAGCCACGAGUUUGAGGUGUCAUCAGGCAUGCUUGCUCUACCUAAACCGGAUGCGUAUGACCAUGAUGAGUGGAACGAGCUAGAAACCGAGGCGAUGAAGGAAGUAGCGUGUUUGUACGGAAAGACCUGGCACUUCUGGCAGGUCGACCGUGGUGACGAGUUGCCCUUGGGCUUUCCUACGCUCAUGGGCUCGCUAACGGCCAAAGAGCAAAUGCCUAACCUAGCAGAAAUGCUUACGCCGCGGAAUGAGACAUGGAGCAUUGACCAUGAACAUAAGGCUCGAAUUCGCAAGAGCGCGGGUGUAUUGGGCUCUGGUGUCCACGAAAACGCCGACUCGUGGUGGAAAGAGAGUGAUAGCAAGGCGAACAGGUCUCUCUUUCAAAAGAUGACUGAUGCGAUUCGUUGA